AUGGUUGCCACCGAAAAGGAUCCAAGAGAGGAAGUCAUCCAAGCAUGGUUCAUGGAUGACAGUGAUGAAGACCAGAGGCUCCCCCAUCACCGUGAGCCCAAGGAAUUUGUAUCCCUAGACCAACUUACUGAGCUUGGAGUUCUCAGCUGGCGUCUAGAUGCUGAUAACUAUGAAACAGAUGAGGAGUUGAAGAAAAUUCGUGAAGAACGUGGUUACUCCUACAUGGACUUCUGUGAGGUUUCCCCUGAAAAGCUGCCUAAUUAUGAAGAGAAGAUAAAAAGUUUCUUUGAGGAACAUCUUCACACUGAUGAGGAGAUCCGCUAUGCUGUGGCAGGAAGUGGCUAUUUUGAUGUUAGGGACCGUAAUGAACGUUGGAUUCGUGUGUGGUUGAAAAAGGGUGGGUUGAUUGUUUUGCCCGCUGGAAUUUAUCACCGCUUUACUUUGGACACAGACAACUACAUAAAGGCAAUGCGACUCUUUGUCGGUGAUCCAGUUUGGACUCCCUUUAACCGCCCUCAUGACCAUCUUCCUGCAAGGCAGGAGUAUGUUAAAGCUUUUGUGCAUAAGGAAACUGGUGACCAUGCAGUUGAUGCUGCAGCAUGA